AUGGCGACCCCGUCUUACGCGGCGGUGAAGUGCCUCAACACGUCCUCGUCCAGCCGCAAGCGCUUCUCGUUCAAGACCUUCUCGCAGCGGGUGGAGGAGAUCGACAUCGAUGUGUACCGCAGCCUCCACACGCUGAAGGCAGAGCCGUCCAGCGGGUCCUCCUUCUUCCUCGACGCAAUUGUGGAGUGGAGGGAGCUCAAUACUGCAGAGGAUUUCAUCUCAUUUUAUGACGAGAUGAUACCAUUGGUACAGACACUGCCUCAAAUUGUCUUGCACCGUGAAAAGCUCUUUUCCGCACUUCUACAAAGGGUAAACAUGAGUGCAAAAUUGUCCCUGGAGCCAAUACUCAUGUUGAUUGCAGCUCUCUCCAGGGAUAUUCUAGAAGAUUUUUUGCCCUUUUUAGGAAGACAUGCUAGUGCCCUUUUAGCUCUCCUUAAUGAUGGAGGUGAUCAUGACCCCGAAAUCCUGGAGCAGGUCUUCACAUCCUGGUCGUAUAUAAUGAUGUACUUGCAAAAGUAUCUAGUGAAAGAUACUGUCCAAAUUCUUAGGAUCACAGCAGCGUUGAGAUAUUUCCCAAAGGACUAUGUUAGAGAAUUUAUGGCAGAAUCUGUAUCAUUUUUGCUGAGGAAUGCGCCUAAUAAUCAUCUAACUCAAGGUCUACUGAAAGUUCUACGUGAGGCUGCUAAACAACCAUCACCUACACGGAUAGACGGGGUGGUCUCUUUGUUGUGGCAUGUCAUGAAAGGAACUUCCACAAAGCUACACUCAAAUGCUGGGCAGGUCUUGAAGUUCUUGUUGAGCAAGUCAGUUGUUUCCACUCUCCGUGAUAAACUCCCUGAUGGGUCUUCUACUAUUCAUGAGGUCAUGACAGGGCUGAUUCAAAGAUUAUGCGAUGAAGUGGAUCCAAAAGAAUUACCAUUGAUGUAUACUUGUUUAUUUGAAGAAAUCAACUGCUGUCUUAAGGAUGGCUGUUUGGAGCAUUUGAAGUGCUUGAUUGAUUUUCUUGCAUUUGCUUUACAGAAGAAGCAAAGCAAUGUAUUCGAUAAGGUGAAGAUGAUUAAAUUUGUUGAGUUGCUGGUUAGUAGAUAUGUGUUGCCUGGUAGCAACAUAACAGAAGCUUCUUCAUCUGAGGUUCUUGGAAGUAUUCUUGACUUUCUGCUUUCUGUUUUGGAUGUUCCAACCAUUUCUGGCAAUUUGUCCAUCGUAUCACCUUUCUAUGCUCCAGUGUUCAAAUUAACAAAUCCGAGUGUUAUUGUCUUUAUAAAGAAACUUUUGGCGACAGGUCCUCAAGUUACACAACAUUUUGAAAGUCAGAUAUUGAGUGCAAUGGAUAACUUCAUUGCAAGUUCACCCGAGGAUGUUAUCUUUAUCCUUCUAAAUUUCUUUAAAGGAUCAAAGAAGCAAAUAUUUCUUCGUGGCACUGAUGGAAAUCAUCUGGAUUCAGUGGAGAAAACUUACAAGUUCUUUGAAUCAAAAUUUUCUUUCUGGAUAGAGUUAUUAGAUGAUACAGCCGGCACUGGUAAUCGAUCUAGUAAUAAUCAGGUCAGUGAAAAGGAAGCUGCUAUAUUGUGGGGAUCUAUUUGCUGCUAUCCUAACAUGAAAGGUGUACAUCAAGAUAGUUUGUCACUGCUGAGGAAGUUGAUCUUCAACUUUGAUCGGUUGCUUGAAGUCGGAGAAGAGAACAUGAAUGGUCUUCCGAUGACUACCUGGAGAAGUCUACUUGGUGCAGCAUUGUCAUCAUACCACGAACUAUUGCUGGUCAACACCAGCAGAAAUUCAGAAUUUAGUUUUUUCAUAUUGCUUGCCAAGAGUCACAGUACAUGCCCACAAGUACUGUCUGCUGUAGCUGAAUAUUUGGAUUCCCUGCAAGGACUACCAUCCCUGGAUGUGACAAAAGAAUUUGAUCCACAAAAUCUCUUGGAUCUGUUCUCUAUCUUUGCUGUCAAUUUGAGCAGUCCAAGCAAGGAUGUUCGAAUUUUAACCUUGAGGAUUCUAUCAUAUUUUGUGAAGAUGGAUCAACGUCUAAUCACAGAUGAGGAGCGACCACAAAAGAGGCAGAGAACAGAAGUUUCUGGAGAGGAAGCUGUUGCUAAAUACGCUAAUGUUGUGGAUACUCUUUUGAUUAUUGAGUCGACACCAAUUUCAGUAUCUACUAGCCGUAAACUUGCUAUCUUCAUUUCUCGGAUACAAAUGAGUUUAUCUUCCAAGAUGGUUCAUGAUGAUUACAUACCUCCUCUCUUACAUGGUAUUAUUGGCAUAUUGUACAAUAGAUUUAGUGAUCUCUGGCCACCAACACUAGAUUGCCUUGCUGUCCUCAUUAGACAACACAAGGAGCUUGUUUGGGGUCAGUUUGUUCAGUUUAUUGCAAUUCACCAAUCAAAAGGACUGACUGUGAAAAAUCAGGAGAAGCUGGAAGCUGCAACCCAACCACAGUCUAUUUUUUACUGCUUCAACUUGUAUCUUGCUAUGGACUUUGAUUGCACACCAGCUGAGACCAUGGCUACCUUAUUGCUUCAAUCGCUCCAAAGGGUUCCUGAUGUUGCUGAAUCCCGAUCUCGACAUCUUAUACCGCUAUUUCUCAACUUUAUGGGUUAUGAUGAUGGCAGCAUCUUUAGUGCUGAUUCAUAUACGCCUGAAAAAUGUAAAGGCAAACAAUGGAAAGCGAUUCUAAAAGAAUGGUUAAACUUAUUGAGGUUAAUGCACAAUGCAAGAUCGUUAUACCAGAGCAAAUUUCUCCAGGAAGUGCUAACUAAAAGGGUUCUUGAUGAAAGUGAUCCUGACAUACAAACAAAAGCAUUGGAUUGCCUUUUGAACUGGAAGGAUGAAUUCUUGACCCCGUACAGUCAAAACCUUAAAAAUCUGAUUGACGUAAAGACUCUUCGAGAAGAGCUGACCACAUGGGCAGUUUCACAUGACUCAGCAAUUCUGAAAGACCAUAGAAGUCGUGUGGUUCCUCUGGUUAUCCGUGUGUUGGCACCGAAAGUAAGGAAGCUGAAGAUACUUGGUUCUCGAAAGCACACAGGUGUCAGUCAUCGAAAGGCAAUUCUUCGUUUCCUUUUGCAGUUUGAUUCAAAUGAACUUGAGCUCUUUUUCUCAUUACUUCUGAGGUCCUUGAUCCCUGGCAGCCUCCAGCCUAAAAUGUUUGGUUCUCAGUCUGACAACCUACUUGGAAAUUUCACUGACAUUGUUGGAACUUCAACAGAAAUUUGUGUAGAGAACUUUACAUGGAAAAAGGCAAAUGGUUUCAUUCAUCUGGUUGAAGAAAUUUUUGGUACCUUUGAUAUGGCACAUAUAAGCCCAUUUCUUAAUGUUUUAUUAAUCAUUGUCGCUCGCUUGCUGGAGAGUUGCAUGCGGAAUCUUAGAAGUGAGAGUGAUGGGAAAUAUCCUUGCAACCAAUCAAAGGACCAUGAUAAUGAUUGUUCCAUAAAUUCUGAAGUGGGCAAUUCUGUAAACGUGGAUGAAUGCCGUAAAGAAAUGCAUCUAGGAGACCAUAUGGAGACAAGUGUAUCCAUCAAGCAGUUGAAGGAUUUGAGGUCUUCAUGUAUUAGAAUUGUCUCGUCAGCCCUUAGUCACUAUGAAAGCCAUGAGUUUGGAGAAAACUUCUGGGGUAUUUUUUUCUCUUCUGUGAAACCUCUGAUAGACUACUUUACACAAGAGGCUUCCAGUAGUGAGAAACCAAGUUCAUUAUUUGCUUGUUUUAUGGCUAUGAGUCGGAGCCCAAAAUUAGCACCACUGCUGGGGUCGAAUAAUCUUGUACCAGCUAUUUUUUCUAUUUUAACUGUGAAGACAGCGUCAGGAUCCAUCACCACCUAUGCACUUGAGUUCAUUGAGAAUCUGUUGAGGUUGGAUAUUGAUUUGCAGCAGCAAGAUGACCAUUCAGUGAAGAAAGUUCUUCUUCCACAUAUGGAUGUUCUUAUCCAUAGUCUCCAUGAUUUUGUUAAUCAUCGCAAAGAGCUUAACAGGAGAUCUGGUACAUGGCUUGGGCAACGCGAACUUAGGCUGUUCAAAUUAUUGCUAAAUUACAUCACAGAUCCCUCAGCUGCUGAUAAUUUCAUAGACCUUAUUCUUCCAUUUUUCAGUAAGAAAGACUUGAACUCCGAUGAUUGUUUGGAAGCACUAUGUGUUGUGAGGGGAAUAAUUCAAAAUCUGAGAUGCAAGGUAUCUGUAAAAGUUCUAAAUGCACUGAAUCCAUUACUUGCGAGUGUCGGAUUGGAACUGCGGCUAUGUAUCUGUGAUAUUUAUGCUGGGUUGUCAUUGCAUGAUCCUUCAAUGUUGUUUCUGGCUGGGUUAAUACGAGAUCUGAAUGCAGUUUCAGCUUCAGAACUUGGUGAACUAGAUUAUGACACAAGACUUAACACCUAUGACAAGGUUAGGCCACAGUUGUUUCUUGGCUUGACAGAAGAGCAUGUGGGUGCCAUAUUAUCUCACUGUGUGUAUGAUAUGUCAUCUGAAGAGUUGAUUUUGCGGCAAAGUGCAUCGAGGGCUCUGCAGUCAUUCCUGGUUUUUUCUGCCUCAGUUAUGAAUAAUGAUGUGUCCAAAUACUCGAUUGAUGAUAAAUCUAGAGAGAAUAAUACCAGAAGCAUUUGCACAAUGGGCUGUAUUCAGAAGAUAUUGGAAAAAACUUAUCUGCACAAUAUGGGAGUAGCAAUGACUAAAGAUAUAUCAAUUCAAAAGGAAUGGAUUAUUUUACUUAGGGAGAUGGUCUCCAAUUUUAAUCAUUUAGCAUCCUUAAGCUCAUUUAGGCCUCUCUGUAAGGAGGAUAUGGAAGAGGAUUUUUUCCACAACAUAACUCAUUUACAGGCUGGUAAAAGAUCAAAAGCAUUGUCGCUUUUCAGACAGGGAAUCAAGGAAAACAACUUUUCAGAGGAUAUCACUAUGAAAGUCUUCGUUCCACUAUUUUUCAAUAUGUUUUCUGACGUAAAAGCUGGGAAGGGCGAACAAGUCAGAGAUAUAUGUUUGGAUACACUAUCUUCUGUUGCUGCCAAAGUGCAGUGGGAACACUAUAGAACAAUAUUGAAGAGAUGCUUCCGAGAAUUAAACCUUAGACCUGAUAAGCAGAAGAUCAUAUUGAGGCUGAUUUGCUCCGUGUUAGAUGCAUUCCAUUUCAUGAAGCCUGCAAAUGAUGCCUCAGGAAAUUCUGAUGCUAUGAGUGAAGAUACUGAUUCUUCCCUUACAUUCUCUUUGACUACGGUCUCUUCUGAUAAGCAACAGUACCUGCAAAAGGUUGUGUUUCCACAGGUUCAAAAGUUGUUAGGGUCAGAUCCAGAGAAAGUCAACGUAAACAUAAACCUUGUAGCACUGAAAAUACUUAAGUUGUUACCGGUGGAUUAUUUUGAGUCACAACUUUCGAGCAUCAUUCAUCGAAUCUGUAACUUCCUCAAGAAUCGCCUUGAAAGCAUACGUGAUGAAGCUAGGUCUGCUUUAGCUGCUUCUGUGAAGGAACUUGGGAUUGGGUAUUUGCAGUUUGUGGUCAAGAUAUUAAGAGCUAUACUUAAAAGAGGUUUUGAGUUACAUGUUCUGGGCUACACACUUCAUUAUUUAUUGUCAAAAAACAUUGCUGCUGAUAUGUAUGGUAGGCUUGACUACUGUUUAGAAGAUCUGUUGGCAGUGGUUGGCAGUGAUUUACUUGGAGAUGUUGCAGAACAAAAGGAAGUUGAAAAACUUGCCUCCAAAAUGAAAGAGACAAAGAAGAGAAUGUCAUUUGAGACUCUUAAGCUGAUUGCUCAAAGUAUUACAUUCAGGACAGAUUUACUGAAGAAGAUAAUCUCACCUGUUUCUUUACAUCUUCAGAAGCAACUUACUCCAAAGUUGAAAACCAGACUUGAGAUGAUGCUACACAAUAUAGCCUUAGGGAUUGAGUGCAACCCAUCUACUGAAACAUCAAACUUGUUUAUCUUUGUGUAUUGUCUUAUUGAGGAUACUAUUACAGGAAGUAGAUCUGAAUGCAAAGAGAAUACACAAUCUAGACCUGAUCAAGAUGGUACUGUAGGAAAGACCUUCCUGGGGCUAGGUGAGAGUGGAUCGCAGAAUUCUUAUAUACUUACCAAGUUUGCACUUGACUUACUUCGUAAUCGUCUGAAGAGCAUCAAGCUAGACAAGGAAGAUGAACAACUCGUGAAGAUGUUGGAUCCUUUUGUUGACCUUUUGCGAAAGUGUAUGAGUUCUAAACAUGAAAGUGUUCUCUCAGUCACUUUUAGAUGUUUUGCCUUGUUGGUGAAACUUCCUUUGCCAUGUCUCAAGGACAAUGCAAUUAUUAUAAAAAAUGUACUUAUGGACAUUGUACACAAAGCUGGAAACACCAAUGGUCAUUUGGUCACAUCUUGUUUUAAGCUACUUGCUGAUCUACUUAGAGGGUUCAGGAUUUCACUUUCAGAUAAUCAGCUUCAGAUGCUUGUUCAUACCCCUAUGUUUGUGGAUCUUCAGACAAAUCCUUCCCCUGUUGCCUUAUCACUUCUCAAAACAAUGGUCAGGCUAAAAUUGGUUUCCCACGAAAUUUAUGAUAUGGUUGUUAAGAUAGGAGAGUUGAUGGUAACAACGCUAACUGAAUCUAUACAGCAGCAAUGCAUUCAAAUUAUGCUACAAUUUUUUCUAAACUAUCCACUUUCUGAGAAGCGCAUACAGCAACAUAUUGACUUUUUUCUGGCAAACUUAAGUUAUGAACAUCCUUCAGGAAGAGAAGCGGUGCUUGAAAUGCUCCAUGACAUUCUUACCAGAUUUCCCCAGAGGAUUAUUGAUGACCAGGGUCAAACUUUUUUUCUUCAUCUUGUAGUUGCUCUAGCGAAUGAGCAGCAUCAGAAUGUGUCUUCAAUGAUCCUUAGAGCUAUCCAAAAGCUGUUAGGACGCAUUGGUGAUCAGGGAAAGAGUUCCAUUUUUGAAUAUUCCCUUUCGUGGUAUACUGGUAAAAAGAAAAGUCUGUGGAGUGCUUCAGCCCAGGUUAUUGGUUUACUUGUUGGUGACCACACAUUACAAACGGGCAAGCACCUUAAAAGUAUUCUGGCUGUUGUUAAGAAAAUAGUGGAAUCAUCUGUCAUUGCUUCUGGAGCUAUACAAUUAGGCUUAUCUGAUGAAGCUGUCCUGCCAUUGUGGAAAGAGGCUUACCACUCUGUUGCCAUAAUGGAGAGGUUACUUCUUUGCUUUCCGGAGUUGUAUUUUGAGCAGAACAUGGAGGACUUAUGGAUAAUAGUAUGCAAGUUGUUGAUCCAUCCUCAUUCGAUGUUGCGUAGUAUUUCAAGCUCUCUGGUAGCAUCAUAUUUUGCUACAGCGGAGAAGAGGAAACGUGAACAGAAAUUGGAUGCCCCAUCAUGGUUGCUUGUUCAACCAAGCAGGCUAUUCAUAAUAGCUGUUUCCUUGUUGAAACAAUUGAGGACUGAACUGUGUGAUACUACGGCAAAUAAUCUGAUUGUACAGAAUCUUGCAUACUCAGUCUGCAACUUGCAUAUGUUGAUUAGGCAAUCGACCUCAACACAUCAGUUUUGGUCUAGCAUUAGUUCUGAUCGUGGUGCGUUCCUUGAGGGUUUUGAAUUGCUUGGUUCAACAAAAGUGAAAAAUAUGUUUCUCCUUUGUACUUCGAGAUCUAGUGAUGUAUCUGGAUCUAGCCUUGGCAUUAACGAAGAGCCUACAUCUUUGUUAGUUUCGUCAGUCCUAAAGAAGAUGGGAAGAAUUGCAAUGCAGAUGCAGGAUACACAGAUAAAGAUCGUGUUCAAUUGCUUUAGUAUGAUUUCUUCAGCUCUUGGCUCAGAUGAAUCACUAACCUAUGCUGAUCACCUCUUGGCCCCAUUGUAUAAAGUUUCUGAAGGAUUUGCUGGGAAAGUUGUUAGUGAUGAAGUGAAGCAACUGGCCCAGGGGGUCCAGAACAAGUUACGUGACCUGAUUGGUUCCGAGAAAUUUGUUGAAGUCUACAAGAGUGUUUGGAUGGGCCUGAAACAGAAGCGGGACGGUAGAAAGCAGGCACAGAAGAUUGUUGCAGCCGUGGACCCGGAACGGCAUGCCAAGCGAAAGCAGCGUAUCGCAGCCAAGCACCGGGAACACAAGAGGCGGAAGAUAAUGGCGAUGAAGAUUGGCAGGUGGAUGAGGUAG